ACAGCAUCGCAGUUUCCAACUGUCACCCACUAUUAUUCGACUUUCUUAAUUCACUGGAUGUGUAAAACAUUUAAUUUCCCUGUUACAACUGAGGCUGGGUCUGGAGGGGAGAGGGGAAAAAAGAAGAGGAGAGGAAAGGAGAACAGCGCAGCGGCACUUAACUGGUUUUGUUAUGAGGGCCCGAUGUGUGCUCUGGCUGGCGUUGCAGAGCCCCAAUCAGGUGCCAUUACACCCGGUGUUUGAGAAUACCAUUGGCUGGUGGGGAAAGGAGCUGUGCGCAAAACCAACCCCGCUGCUCACACUCGCCUUACAGAAGCCGAGCUGAGAGCAUCAUCCGCUUUGAGCGCUUAGGCGCAGUGAUUACAUCCUCACACAGAGAGAUAGAGAGAAAGUCCUGUUAUUCGCCAGUCUUCAUUUAGAAGUUGCAUUUGUUUUUAGAUUUCGGCUUUGCGUAAAUAGGAGUUUUUGCUUUCUUUUUUCUGCUCGUGUGGAAUUUCCUAUUUUGUUGUGUGACUCCAUGUGAAGAAGGGGCAGUCUGUUCUGUGCACAGGGAGUGUUGGCUAUGCGUCCUGGCUCCAGCCUGCAAUGUUUGCGCUGACGCCAAAACUCACAGACCGGUGCAGAAUUGAUUAAAACAGAGAAGCUCGGAUCAAAUGGCUGUGCUUCUCACAGCUGAAACGACACAAUGUUCCACUGACCCGAGGCAGAGGAGAGGAAUUUCAGAAUCGGACAGCCUUGUUGCUGUUAAUUUCACUGCCUUUUUACGGACAGAGGAAAUGAGAAAUGCUCAUUUCUUGUAAGAAAAAGGAAUAACACUUUUUUUUUCGUCUUGAAGUGCACUUUGAGAGAGGGAGAGGAGAUGAUUUGGUUAGUAUUCCUGCUCUCCAUCCUGGAUGGAGCUGUCUCCCAGCUACACUACUCCGUGCCAGAGGAGCAGGAACCUGGCUCUGUGGUUGGGAAUAUUGCAGAGGAUUUGGGGCUGGACAUUACCAAACUUUCCGCUCGCCGCUUCCAGACUGUGCCUAGUUCACGGACACCUUAUCUGGAGGUGAACUUAGAGAACGGUGCGCUCCUGGUGAAGGAGAAAAUUGACCGGGAAGAAAUCUGUAAGCAGACCAUCCCGUGCCUAUUGCACCUGGAGGUGUUUCUGGAGAACCCGCUUGAGCUCUUUCGCGUGGAGAUUGAGGUGAUGGAUAUCAACGACAACGCACCCAGCUUUCCCGAGACAGACAUUUCCGUGGAGAUAUCGGAGAGCGCCAUCCCCGGGACCCGUUUCCCGGUGGAGAAUGCCUUCGACCCUGACGUGGGCACAAACGCGCUCAGCACAUAUGCCAUAACGAAUAAUAACUAUUUUUACCUUGACGUGCAGACACAAAGUGACGGAAACAAGUUCGCAGAGCUGGUGCUGGAGAAGCCGCUGGACAGGGAGCAGCAGGCGGUGCACCGCUAUGUGCUGACGGCUGUGGAUGGGGGCAUCCCGCAGCGAACCGGGACGGCUCUCCUGGUCGUUAAAGUUCUGGACUCCAAUGAUAACGCGCCUACCUUUGACCAGUCUGUGUACACUGUUAACCUGCGGGAAAACUCGCCCGUAGGCACUUUGGUCAUUCAGCUCAACGCCACGGAUGUUGACGAGGGACAAAACGGGGAAAUAGUUUAUUCUUUCAGCAGUCACAACACCCCGCGGAUAAAGGACCUAUUCAAUAUUGAUGCCAGAACAGGUAGGAUAGAGGUGGCGGGCGAGGUGGACUUUGAAGAGAGCAACACGCACCAGAUUUACGUCCAGGCUAAAGACAUGGGCGCUAACGCAGUCCCCGCGCACUGCAAAGUGCUGGUGAAACUCGUGGACGUGAACGACAACACACCAGAGAUCGGUUUCAGCACUGUGACUGAAUCUGUGAGCGAGCAGGACGCCCCGGGCACCGUGAUCGCACUUUUUAGCGUCUCAGACCGGGACUCUGGUGAGAAUGGGCAAAUGAGCUGCGAAAUACUGGGAGGCGUUCCUUUCAAGCUGAAAUCGUCGUUUAAAAACUACUACACCAUCGUGACAGACGGGCCGCUGGACAGAGAGAACACAGAUUCAUACACCAUCACCGUGGUGGCCAAAGACAAGGGUCAGCCUUCUCUCGCCACCAGCAAGUCCAUUAAAGUGCACGUCUCCGAUGAGAAUGACAAUGCGCCCUGUUUUACGCAAGCUGUUUAUGAUGUGUAUGUGACCGAGAAUAAUGUGCCCGGUGCUUUCAUUCACUCCGUGAGCGCUUUGGACCCUGAUAUAGGACAAAACGCUCUUAUUACUUACUCCAUAUUGGAGUGUGACAUACAGGGCAUGUCUGUGGACACGUAUGUGUCCAUAAACCAGGACACCGGUUACCUUUACGCGCUGCGCUCUUUUGAUUAUGAGCAGCUGAAGGAGUUUAGCUUCAUGGUCCAGGCUAAGGACUCGGGUGCUGCUGAGCUCUUCUCUAAUGCCACUGUAAAUGUGAUUAUAGUUGACCAAAAUGACAACGCUCCCACUGUUAUUGCCCCCAUCGGUAAAAACGGCACAGCCAGAGAGCACCUGCCGCGCUCUGCGGAGCCCGGCUACCUGGUGACGCGCAUUGUGGCCAUGGAUGCGGAUGACGGAGAGAACGCACGGCUGUCCUACAGCAUCCUGCGGGGCAACGAGAUGGGGAUGUUCCGCAUGGACUGGAGGACAGGGGAGCUGAGGACAGCCCGCAGGAUCUCUCCUAAGCGGGACCCUCAGGGCUACUAUGACCUGCUGAUCGAAGUGAGGGACCACGGGCAGCCCCCUCUCUCGUCCUCGGCGAGUGUGAGUGUAAUAUUAGUGGACAGCGUGGUCGAGGGCCGCAGCGGGGAUCGUGGCUCGGCCUCCAAGGCAAAGGAGACCUCCCUUGACCUCACCCUCAUUCUCAUCAUAGCCCUGGGCUCUGUUUCCUUCAUCUUCCUCCUGGCCAUGAUCGUACUGGCCGUGCGCUGCCAAAAGGACAAGAAGCUCAACCUGUACACGUGCCUGCUGGCCGGUGACUGCUGCCUGUGCUGCGGCUCCUGUUGCAGCAGACAGGCUCGCGGCCGGAAACAGAAGAAGCUGAGUAAAUCCGACAUCAUGUUAGUUCAGAGCACCAACGUGACGUCAGGGGUCGGGCCCGUGGGGCAGGUGCCCGUGGAGGAGUCUGGUGUGGGCGGCGUGGGAGGGGGCUUCGGCUCCCACCACCACCAGAACCAGAACUCCUACUGCUACCAGGUGUGUCUGACACCGGAGUCCGCCAAAACGGAUCUGAUGUUCCUCAAACCGUGCAGCCCCUCCCGCAGCACUGACACGGAUCACACCAACCCCUGUGGCGCCAUAGUCACGGGUUACAGUGACCAACAACCGGACAUCAUAUCCAAUGGCAGUAUUCUCUCUAAUGAGACAAAACAUCAACGAGCAGAACUCAGCUAUCUGGUGGACAGACCCAGACGUGUCAACAGUUCGGCAUUCCAAGAAGCAGACAUCGUCAGCUCCAAAGACAGUGGUCAUGGCGACAGCGAACAGGGCGACAGUGACCACGAUGCUACCAACCGGGGUCAUUCGGCCGGUGCGGACCUGUUCUCCAACUGCACGGAGGAGUGCAAGGCCCUGGGACACUCCGACCGCUGCUGGAUGCCGUCCUUCGUGCCGUCAGAUGGGCGCCAGGGGCCGGACUACCGCAGCAACCUGCACGUCCCCGGCAUGGACGCCACGCUGCCCGACACUGAGGUACCCUCCUCCGUCAACCUCUCCGACCAACUCACCAUGACCUCGUCCACCGCCUCGUCCAGCGAUAGGUCAUUCUCCACCUUUGGCAAGGACGGUCAAAGGUCACAGUCACACCACAGCCUUCACCAUCACCUCCAUCCGCAACAGCAGCAGUACAGCUCCAGCACGCUAGAGAGGAAAGAGUAUGAUAGGGGGACCCUACCGUACAAACCCACCUUUCUCUCCCGCAAAAGGAUUUGCUAGCUCGUUCCAUGUGGACCUGUCGGAGACAGCGUGAAUUUCUGUACUAGACCACCAACACUGAUGCUAGAGACAGCAAAAUAAAACUAAACAAACAGCAACCUGGACAACAGCAACCUUGGUUAAACUUCAUUAUCUCGGGUGGCGAACUGUAACGAAGCCUUGGCAGUGUUCGCCGAGGGAGGAAAGGAGAAAUAAAUACUGAGUAGCUGUAAACCUCUAGAUAUCUGAGGAGCAAUCCAAAGCCUUAUUCCUCUCAGCAGGACUGAGACCGGGGCCGAAAACACUCGACGAUGUGAAGAUUAUAAAGUCAUCAGCAGAAAGGAGAGAAGAACUGAAACGAAGAGAGGAAUACAAAACAAGACGAAGAGGGAGUGAUUAACUCACAGAGGUGUUUUUUUUUGACUGAGGAGUUAGCCUCUAGAGAUCUGUGUGUGCCUGUUUACAUGAAGAAAAAAAAAAAAACUAUGUUUCUGUACAAACUUCAACCAACAUCACACGGAACCCUUUAGCUAUUUCUAUGGUCACCACUAAGCCAACUGUACAGAGACUGUGUGUGGGGGAAAAAAAGGAGAUGGACAGCCAGAGUGAAAGCGAAAGACUGAGCAAGAGACGACAAUUUUAGAGAGAGAGAGAGAGAGAGAGAGAGAGAGAGAGAGAGAGAGAGAGAGAGAG